GACAGACACGGGCACCCAAACAGAGCUUGACAGGCAUGAAUAUAAGAUGAGAGCAGCUGGUCCAAGUUGCGGACUGGAAUGGAAUGUGUGAGAAUUGAAUACAGAUACCUACCUCAGCUAUCAAAUCAACGCACGGGCCAGAAACGGAGCAAGAGAGUUAAAAAAAAAAAAAACUCUGAUUGGGCAAUCGUCUUGCAAAAAACUCCGCAGCUGGCAGACGCUCUGCAGGCCUCGCAUUCAGCCCUCAGCUCUCAGCCCGCUCUCCUUUCCAACGUCGACAUCCCAAACGCGCGCUUUACAGCUGACGACAGCUGCUCGACAUCACCAAUCCUUCCCCGAACCAGCUCUGCGACCACACGCCGCCUAGAGCUUUGGGGCAUUUUUAGAGUCCUAUCUGGACAGGAGCAUGACAUCGACCGUCCCCCGCCCGCAGCGCGGCCGACCGAACAAGGUGACGAAGCCGCAGCCACCAACGGCACGCGGUCGCCCCACCCGUGGUGUUGUUCCGGGCUCACUCGACGUCCACGCCGCCCAUCAGAUUCACCAGGCCCAUCAGCAGGCUCAGGCUCAGGCUCAGGCCCAGUACGGAGUGCACGCUGCGCCCUACGUGGCUGCUGCCCACGCUGCUCAGCACGCCCUCGACGAGCUCAAGCCCGAGCCCGACCAUUCCGUGUUCGACAACGUAGGCGUGGACGUCGGAGUUGGAGUUGGGGUUCCCAUGGGCGUCGAAGACUACGCCGCCGCCGCUAUGGAAUCGGAACUUGGCAAUGUGGAUGCUCACGGCGAGGCGGAACCCGAUGCCGACAUGGAGGAGGAUGAUCAUUCAGUCGGAGCCUCCGGCCUUCAACAACACGUUGAUCUAUCAACCGCCAGCAUGCUGGCUAACGGCGGUGCCAAUGUUGUGGGAGGAGGAGUCGUGGGCCAGAGUGUUCAUGAUCACAUGCAAGAUUUGCAGCAAGGGCUCGCGCAUGCUCAGCAACAACACCAACAACAGCAGCAGCAGCAGCAGCAGCAGCAGCAGCAGCAACAGCAACACCAGCAGCAGCAACACCAGCAGCAGCAUCAGCAGCAGCCCCAAGCCCAGAUGGGUCCUCCCCAGCAGAUGCAACCCUCUCACCAGUCGAUGGAGCCUCAAAUCGUGGGGAUCACAGAGGAACUUGCCCGCGAGUCUGGCUACCAGAACCUUAGUGUCGAGAGCGCCCUGGCGAAACGGUUGGCCCGUGAGCCCGGUAGACGUCUUGCUACUCAACGUCGACCAGAGCAACAGCUCAAUUUGAAUCGGCGGAGUAAUGUGGAAGCGCUUUUUGCUCAUAUUUCGGGCACUCUUGCUCCACAACCGUGCAAGAACUGCCACAAAGGCCACGGCCCGUGGAGCGUGUGUGUAGUGGUAGAUGGCCAAAUGUGUGGCAGCUGUGCCAACUGUUGGUUCAAUGCCAGCGGCGCUAGAUGCAGUUUCCACGAAACUCGCACUCAGCAACCCAUGGCCCAGCAUGCGGGCAUCAUGCCGCCGACAAGUGCGGCUUUACCUGCGGAUCCCAGCUACCGCUUCACCCCGGCCCAUUCUCUAUUGCCCCCCGCUCACUCCAAUGCCAUGCAAGCUAUGAAUUUUGGCGGAGGAGGCGUUCCGUCUAUUAACAACAACCCAAUACUCCAACAGCUCGUGAGCAAAGCCAUGAACGAAGUGAGGUCGGCUGAUCGUGCGACACGUUUGUAUUGGCAGCUCGAGAUCACGGCCAAGCAGUUGGCCCUUCAAUAUGCUGAGUACGAAGAGGCCACCGCAAGUCAAAGCCAGCCAGGAGGAGCGGGGAAUCAAAUUGGUGCUGGCCAACAUGGCAUGGGCGAUGACGGCAGUGCCUAGAAAUAACGGCCGUCCUGUCUACGCUUUACACCGCAAGCCACAAGCGGCUUGCCAUCGAAUCAUCACUUGAGGGGGGGGGGUUUCACCAUAUCUAUACCACUGAUAACCGCCACACCGCCAGAAAUUCGGAGUAUCGAAGUCACAGUAUCAACCCACACUUUUAGCCCCUCCCCCUCGCAACGCUUUCUCGGUACUGGAUAUCACCAUCACAAGACACAAGACCGUGCUGGUCUAUUCGGCCAGGCAAGAGGAGGUUUCUUUUUUCGUUCCUCCUCCUCGAAGGACAAGAGCUCGAGGAGGCCAGAGCACUCCGGAGUUUCUUUAUUUCUUUUUCUUUCGGAAUGGAUGCAAAUCGAUACCCCCUCUUUUUUUCCCUUUCACUGAAAUCACCGCAAGGAGGAAGACGAUAACCUGACUUGGUCACAAUAUAAAAAGUCUUUUAUCUCCCUCUUUGCCCCUUUUCCCACCCGCCUGCUCGCUUUUUUUCUUUUCGAGCCAGACGAGGGUUUUUUUUAUGAACUUUGUAAUACACAGAUUACACAGAACCACUGACACGUGCGAUGUUUUCUUUUCUAAUUUCAUGUUUUCACAACUUUUGUAACCCCAACAUACUGAUAGCCCUUGAGUUUCUGUCUGUUUUCCCACCCACCCCCUGUCCUGUUGUGUAAGGUUGAGUUUGAGGCUGGAUAAAAAUGAUAUUGCUCUAUUUGCUCUGGGGAUGUAUCGUGUUACUCUGGUAUGGCUAGGAGAUGCAUGAUAUUGUACGGGCAGGAAGUGGUGGGGUAUUUCCAGAGAGGAGGUGAUUGCACAUAUAUCGCAGGGUUGGUGGCACGAUUUUACAACUUUUGAGCCCAUAUCACCCGGUCAACAAAAGAGCGGAAAAGGGGACACAGAUUGACGUCACUGGAGAUGGGCAGACAACCAAACUGUUGACGGGAUUUGUGGGAGGCUUUUUGUAUGUUGCUACUGCUUGUUCUCUGUCUCUUGUGCUGUAACCGGCCAGACUGGAACCGGGGGCAGGAGAGGAGAGUGAGUGAUAGGGGUGUUUCUAAUUUGACAAGGAGCAAUGAAAGCAAGUUUGUUCUGUCAACAUAUUGCUUGUGUGAAUGAUCAACC